AUGGACGUGACGGAUGCUCAUUUCUACUCGACCUCGUCGGCAACGAUGAGUCUACCAGCUGCCAGCGCUACAGACGGGUCGAGGGGAAAAGAUGAGAGCGGGUCAGAAGCGAAUCAGACAGCUCAAUCCGUAGGAGCAGAGCCAACAUUGGAACAGGAGGUGUCGCAGCUGGUCGGCAGUCUAGGAAGUUGGUGGACUGGCGUGAGCAAGAGAUCGCAAGACACGUUGGCGUCAGCUCGGAAACAAAUCGACGCUCAGGGCGGUCUGAUGGCCAUGGCUCGCGCUGAAGCUGCCAAGCUAGAGGCGCAACUCAACGAGGCUCAAAAGGCGGCGAGAGAGAAAGCACAAGUGCCUCUUGAGGCCUCAGCAGAGGGAGAGACCACAUCUGGUAAUACUUCGAACAAGGGCAAGGGCAAGGCGAAAGCGCUGGAUGAUGAUUCUGAAAAGACGGAUAGCGGAAGAGACUUUGAUGGGGAGCAGUACUCCGAAAUGGGCGAGGCUUUACCUAUUCCCAAGGGAUCUCAGCGCAGCCAAGCUGGAUCCACUGGCCUCGGGACGCCCAAUGAGGAACUGUUCGAUGCGGACUCUGAUUCGGCAAGAGGGCGUGCCGAUGUGAAAGACAACCGACUACAUCAGCGCACAGCGACUACAGACUUUUCUCAAGCCCUUGGGUCCGCUCAGGCCUGGUUCACGCGCGUACAAGGUACGCUGGUAUCCGAAGCUCAACCUCGCGUUCUGGAGUUGCAAAAAUCGCUAGCGUCCACGCUCUCAUCUUUGUCAGGCGAAGGAAACAACGUGGGCGCCAAAGACGAGACAAGGGAGAAGUCCGAACAAUCGUCGACGGCUUCACUGGCCGCACCUUCAGAGGCUCUGCCCGCAUUGACAAAGACUUUUCAGCAAGCUUUGCCGCACUUGGAUUGGAAGGCGAGUCAAGACUUGGCGAAAAAGUACUAUGCGGCCAGCGAAAAUUUGGCUAGGGAUGUUGGCAAGGAAAUGUCCGCUUUGGUGGGCGACUUGGUGAAGGUCGUGCCGGCGAAUGAGGUGAGCCAAAAGGGAGAUCAAGACGGGACGCCGCAGGGCGACAACAAGCUGGCCCAAUCGACGCCUGUCCAGCCCGAGUCAGCCAGCUCGAGCAAGAGCAAGACUGGUCAGAAUUCAAGCAGUCAAAACAUAUCGGAUGAUUUCGAUUGGGACGCAGAAGCCGAAGAAGCGUCUGCUCAAGCCCAAGCCCAAGCCCAAGCGCACGCACAGAUUCCAAAGCCGAUCAAAACUGAUACAAUCGCGCCGUCUGCCCGCAAGGGCAUGAGCGCUUCGUCCAGCCGAGACUCGGGACUGCAAACGACGACGGGACCUCAGACUAGUAGCUGGGAGGCGGAGGAGCAGGAAGAGGAUGCUCGGGCGCUCGCUGUUGCGAGCACCAAGAAAGAAGAGAGCGGAGAAGACUCGGAUUGGGAGUGA